AUGUCUUCAGCUGCGGGUUCGGCAUCGUCACUAUUGCCUGUUCUGCUGAUGAUAGGGUGGCUUGUCGGCUGCCUGGCAGUCCUUUACUUUGUCUUCAUUUUUGCUUGGGAAAACACUCCGUACCAGCAGUAA